ACCCGGCCGCGCGCACCUCGUGUCCGGCUCACGCGCCUCGACCUGCGGCCCCCGGGAGCCCCCUCCCCCUCCUGUCGGUCACCGAUUCCGGUCCCCAGGUCUCCUCCCCUGGCAAGAUCAGCCAGAGGGAAUGCGCCUCUGCCACAUCUCCUCGUCCACCCCCUACCCGCGGCUCCGUUGUCCUUUCCCUCCCGGGACCUGCCGCGCGCCCGCCCCGCGCGUCCGCAGUCCCCCUCUCACUUUCUCCCAGCCUUGCCCUCCCAGAGAUGUGCCCGGUGCCGGUCGGCUUCUCUCCGCAGGGCAGCUGGCUUUGGGACCGGUUGAGAUUUGAGGCAGCGGCGAGCCUGGGACCCGGGCUUGUCGUGACUGUGUCUCGCGUGCUGCCCCGGCAGCCUUUGUGACACCAGCUGCCUGCUCCUCGCGCCUCGCAUGGCUCUGCAUCAUUGUGCAAUUCCAGACGCUUUUAUUGUUUGAAAACAGAUACGCACAAUUGCCUUGCCGUGCAGGAAUUUAAAAAUUUCAGCCCAACUCUGCCCACUCAUCUCUCUGCCUUGUCUUCUGCAAACUCAGUCCUCAAAAUGAGUUCCUGAUGUCUUUCAAGCAGGCGUUAUUUAUUAAGAAUUUUUCCAACGUAAAUGAAGGAAGAAAAUGGAGGGAUUUUUAAAAAGUAUGAGAAUAGUAGGAAAACACGUGUGUUCAGUUAAUUUUUUGUCUUUUAAAAAAUAAAGCGAAAGAACUGAAACCUGGUAGUUUUCCUGUGGGAGUGGAAGGAACCUUCAUUUCGUUGGGGACCUGGAAUGUCUGUUCUUGGGUUGAGGAAGCAAGUUUGUGAUUUGCCGUCUGAUUGUUGACGAGCCUUAAGGAUGUUGAUUAGCAGCUUUCUCAAACACGUUUAGGGGCCACGUGCUUCACGCUAUGGAGACCCUGUAGUUUGGUUGGAAUGAAAGGACCAAUGUACAACUGUGACCGAGAGGCAGAGUCUGUAAGAAUGAGAAUGCCUAAAGUCUCAGACCUCAGAGAAUGGUGGUUUCUAUCCAGCAGAGCUUCCGCCUUCUUAAUGGCAAAGCAAGUAUCUCACAACUGUGAACUUUUCACUAAAGCCCUUUUACUUUUAAAUCGGUGAUUUUUUUCCCCCUUUGGUCUGAAAGUAAAAACAACUUCGCUUUACUUAGAACAUUUCAUUUUUAAAGCAUACAAGUCUGGUUUCAAGAUGGAGUUUCAUCAAAGGCUGUUGAUGGGGGAUUUAAAAGGUUUACUUGUCACACAAUUUCUCUUUUGUAGUGUUUAAGAAGCCCUCAGGAAAAAAGGUAUGAAUAUUUCCUAUACCGUGCUAUGAUUCCUUUUUUAGACUACCAGUUUGUGUUGUAUGAGAGAAGGAUGGAGAGAGUUGUAGAGUCAAAUUUACCCUUUUUAGUUGAUGAUUUAGGUACUUGCAUAUUUAAGUACUUCUUGCUUUGAAGUCUCCUGUGAUAUUUAUCUUAAUGGUCUUUUUUUCCCCUUCCUUUUCUGCUUUAGUAGGCGAAAAUACUACCUUUACAUUGAAAGCAUGAAAUUUUUGCAUUAUCUAAAAAAUUUUAUGCACUGUUAAUAGAAGGCAGUAUAUGAGUGGUUGGAAAACUCUCUCACAGCAACAGCAGAGAGAUGUCCCUUCAAAGAUACUUCUCUGUGGAAAUCAUAGCCCACUAAUGAGUUUUGGAGCCAGCUUUGUCAGUUUUUUGAAUGCCAUGAUGACAUUUGAGGAAGAAAAAAUGCAAUUGGCAUGUGAUGACUUAAAAACCACAGAAAAACUGUGUGAAAGUGAAGAGGCUGGAGUAAUUGAAACAAUCAAGAAUAAAAUUAAGAAGAAUGUUGAUGUCCGAAAAUCCACCCCCUCUAUGGUUGAUCGGCUUCAGAGGCAGAUAAUCAUAGCUGACUGCCAGGUUUACCUGGCUGUGCUUUCAUUUGUAAAACAAGAAUUGUCAGCUUAUAUCAAAGGUGGGUGGAUCCUUAGGAAAGCCUGGAAGAUUUACAAUAAAUGCUAUCUGGACAUCAAUGCCCUUCAGGAGCUAUAUCAGAAGAAGCUAACUGAAGAGUCCUUGACUUCUGAUGCUGCAAAUGAUAAUCACAUUGUGGCUGAAGGGGUGUCUGAGGAGUCUCUGAACAGACUGAAAGGUGCUGUUAGCUUUGGAUAUGGCCUUUUUCACCUUUGCAUAUCCAUGGUGCCCCCAAACCUGCUCAAAAUCAUCAACCUGCUGGGUUUUCCUGGAGACCGCCUACAGGGGCUUUCUUCACUGAUGUAUGCAAGCGAAAGUAAGGACAUGAAGGCCCCUUUAGCUACAUUAGCUCUGCUCUGGUAUCAUACUGUAGUCCGCCCGUUUUUUGCCUUGGAUGGCAGUGAUAACAAGGCAGGCCUGGAUGAAGCUAAGGAAAUUCUCCUUAAAAAAGAAGCUGCUUAUCCAAAUUCUUCCCUCUUUAUGUUUUUCAAGGGACGGAUACAACGACUAGAGUGUCAAAUCAACAGUGCCUUGACGUCUUUCCACACUGCUUUGGAACUUGCAGUAGACCAGAGAGAAAUUCAACAUGUCUGUCUGUAUGAAAUUGGUUGGUGCAGCAUGAUAGAGCUCAAUUUCAAGGAUGCAUUUGAUUCCUUUGAGAGGCUAAAAAAUGAGUCCAGGUGGUCCCAGUGCUAUUAUGCCUACUUGACUGCAGUUUGUCAGGGAGCCACUGGUGAUGUGGAUGGGGCACAGAUUGUCUUUAAAGAAGUUCAGAAACUCUUCAAAAGGAAAAACAAUCAGAUUGAACAGUUCUCGGUGAAAAAGGCAGAGCGAUUUCGGAAGCAAACCCCAACCAAAGCACUCUGUGUGUUGGCGUCCAUCGAAGUGUUGUACUUGUGGAAAGCUCUUCCAAACUGUUCCUUCCCCAACCUGCAGAGGAUGAGUCAAGCUUGCCAUGAAGUGGAUGACUCAUCUGUUGUUGGAUUAAAGUAUUUGCUUCUUGGUGCCAUACACAAAUGUCUAGGAAACUCAGAAGAUGCUGUUCAGUACUUCCGGCGAGCUGUUAAAGAUGAAUUGUGUCGUCAGAAUAACUUAUAUGUUCAGCCGUAUGCCUGUUAUGAACUUGGCUGUCUUUUAUUAGACAAACCAGAGACUGUAGGAAGAGGCAGAGCUCUACUUCUUCAAGCAAAGGAGGAUUUCUCUGGCUACGACUUUGAAAACAGAUUGCAUGUCCGCAUCCAUGCUGCUCUGGCCUCUCUGAGGGAAUUGGUUCCUCAGUGACAGACCCGGAACACCCGCCCUGUCCCUCCCCACCCAGGGUCCGCACUUUAAAAUAAAAGCAGAGGACAAA